AUGAAUAUCUUACUUAUCUACAUCCUUCGGAUUUGGAAUGAACUUAAUGCAUUCGCGCUUUUGAAAAUUGGCUUCAAUCCAGCUUCUCGGCGUAUGCUGAAAAAACAAAUAGAGAAUCAAAAUGGUCUUGGAUCAUUUUCAAUAUUAAAAGUAUUGUCGCCUUUGAAGAAUCAGACUUGGAAACAAGCACAAUACAGUUAUCUAGCAAGCACAUUAACAUUAAAAGAAGCUUAA